AUGAACGCGCGCGUCUACCGUCAACGAUGUAGCCGGCCAGCCAUCGGGCCUCGUCCGCACCCGACCGAUGAAGGAAAAAAAAAGCGGGUGCGGAUCGCGCACGGCGCACACGCACGGGCGCGCACUAGAAAGAGCGGCCCGCCCGCUCUCGCUCUCUCGUCCGUUUCUCGUAUGCGCUCGUCGACGGAGGGCCUGAGCAUGCCGGGGCCCGCCUCCCCGCCGACUCACCUCGACAUCGCGCGCGCAUCCCACACCGCCGCCGAUCCGCGCCCCUGCGCACUCUCGGAAUCGAGCCCCUCGCAGGCCUCCAAGCUCCAACGCGCGGCUCUCCCGUCCCCGCCCUUGUUCGCGCCGCCGCGCACGCAGGGCCUCCGACGCGUCAGGAGUCAGCGCGCCCCCGAUGCGUGGUCAGCGCGCGCAGGCGGGCGAAUCAUUUCAACGCCCUCGAGUCCCGAGUCCCGCGUCCCGAGUCCAAUUCCCAAACCGGAGGCAGCGCCGUCGGGUCGCUCGCCGCCGACAAAGGAGCCUGCAUCGUUCGGCGCGGCGCGGGCCCCGCUCAGUUCCCACACGGAUCCGGCGAGCGCCGCAGGCGCGUCUGUCUCGGAUGCACGACGCGUUUGCGCUGUCAAAGCCAAAACGACGGGGGCAGGGCCGGAGCGGCUCCGCGAAGCUCGCGCCGUUACGCUUGAGCGCGGAUGA